AUGGACCUCCUUUUCAGUACCCUCUCCACCGUCAGUAGCUUCCUCGGCACCGCGUCGUCACACACGCAAAACGCCGUGCGCUCCGUGAAAUGGGCCGAGCUCCCCGGAGACGCCCAGCAAUUCUUCUCGCGCGUGGCCGGAAGCGGGACCAACUUCAUCUCCAUGCGGUGGGACGACCUGCCGCAAACGACCAGGGACUGGAUCAAGGCGCACCCCUACCAAACCGCCUUCUACGUCGCCCACGGCGCCGUCAUCGUCGCGCCGACGCCCGUCACCGCGCCGCUCAUCGGCGCCGCGGGCCUGGCGACUGCAAGUCCUGUCGCCGGCUCCGCAGCAGCAGCGAUCCAGCAAGCCCUCACCACCGUCGGCGCCAACAGCGUGGCGCUGCGCACGGCCGUGACGACGGGCCACGGCGCGCCCGCCAUCGCCGACGGCCUGCAGGCCGCCAUCGCCAUCGGCACCGGCCUCUACGGCCUGUGGACCUACUUCGCCCCCGCCGCGGCGGCGAAGAAGGAGGAGGAGCAACCCGCCGUUGUCCAGCAACCCGCGGCGGAUGCGAAGAAGUUGAAGAGGAGUAAGACCGCGCCCGUGCAGCAGCAGGUACCGCCGGGGUCGGCGGCGGCGAAGCGUGGGUUGUCGUUCCGGGGUCUGUUUAGGAGGAAGACGGCGGUGGCGUGA